AAUUUAAAAAAAAAAAAGAAAAAAAGGGAAAAAAGAAAAAAUGUACUUCUUCGAGAACACGUCGUCAUUGUGCCUGUGCGAACCAAACAACGGAAGUAAAUUGAAAUUGGAACGUUGAAAGUUUGGUGCGGAUAUCGCACCCGUCAACCUCCACCAAACGGCCAAUCCAAACUAGUCCAGCGCUCGGACCCAACCCCCCCAAACCCCCCCCCCCCCCCCCCCCAAAAAAAAAAAAAAAAAAAAAAAAAGAGGAAAUUCGCAAAUGCAGAAAUGCUCUUUCUCUGCUUCAACUCUCUGUAAACGCACGUUUGACGCUCUCCUUCUGCUUCCCGAUCUUCAACCUCUAGAUCUUCUCUGCCGGUUGCCAUGUGGCGCUCUCUCUGGCGCUCCAUCGAUCGCUUCUCUCUUCAGUAUUUCAAAUACAUCAUCAAUGAACUGCGGGCGAUCAAAGUUGUGGAUAUGCAUAAUAAGGAAUUAGUGGUGGAUCUAUUGCAGUCUAUAGUGGAAAUAGUUACUUAUGGUGAUAGACAAGAUCCGAUGAUUUUCGAAUGUUUUAUGGAAUACCAAGUUUUGGCAGAAUUCGUCCGUGUGCUUAAGAUUAGUAGAAAUUCAAAAAUCGAGGCACCGUUGCUUCAGUAUCUAAGCAUAAUGAUACAGAACAUGGAUAGUGAACAUGCAAUUUACUAUUGUUUCAGCAACGACUAUAUUAACAACAUCAUAGCACAUGAGUACGAUUUUAAUGGAGGAGACUUAGCUCCAUAUUUUGUAUCUUUUUUAAGAGCAGUGAGCGGUAAAUUAAACAGGGAUACCCUUUGUCUUCUUGUUAAGGUUCAUGGGGAUGCUGUAGUCUCAUUUCCCCUGUAUAAUGAGGCUCUUAAAUUUUCUCACCAUGAAGAGAAGAUGAUUCAGACAGCUAUACGUGCAUUAACCCUCAGCAUAUACAAUGUUAGUGAUGAUAUGGUCUAUCAGUACAUAACAACUCCUCCAGUCUCAAAAUACUUUUCAAACUUGGUAUUAAGCUUAAAAGAGCAGUGCCUUCAUCUAGAUGCCCUUGUCCUUGCUGAAGAGGAGACAUUCACUCGACAAAAGAGGAAAGAACUACUUCUGGAAACUGAUAAAAUUGUUGAUGAUCUAUACUACAUCAAAGACAUAAUUAAGGUUGGAGAAUUUCGUUUGAGUAGAUUGGUAACUGAAAAUCUUCUCAGCUUACUAGUCUUUCCAUUACUACAGUUCAAGCAGAGCAAUGGCUCAAAAUUUUCUACAGUCACUUCUCUGUUUCUCGUUUCUCGUCUUCUUCAAGUUAUUGGCGGAAAGGACAUGAUCAAUUCUGUUGCUGCUACUAUUCUUUGUCCUUAUAUGUCCUCAAGUGUGAGAAAUUCUUUUCAAGGGAACACAGCUGGGGAGAUUAAUUAUCCUAAUUCUUUGUUUGAGCAUUUGAAUAAAAUGGAAAGUAUGGUAUGUUCUGUUCCUGAAUGUGAAGGAGAAGAAAACAUCACCUGCCCCAAUGAUGAAGCAUGCAAAGAAAGGAGUGGAAUUCUUGAUUGUAUUUUCUCUGAGAAUCAGAGUCUAUUGCUAGCGUCUUUGUUCCUGUUGCUCAUUAUAGCAGAAAGUAAAGAUCUUGAUUAUUUUCUUGCUCCAAUCAUUGGGAUAAGCGGAAUGCAUGAUAUGGCAGUAAUGGAUGGAAAUAUCCUUGUGAGAUUCAUGGAUCAGAUUUUAAAUGCAUUAUUGACGGUUUUAGUAAGACAACCACCAUUCUCUGUACAAACACAAUGGCAUAUAGGGUGGUUCUUGCGGAAGCUACUGACCAUUCAAGGGAAAAUGAUAAAUGAUUAUAACCUACAACUAUUCAAUACUUCAUUGGAGCAGUCAUGUGAAUGCGUUCGGAAAGAACUUGAUGGAUGUUGGUUUGAUCACAUGCCCGAGGCUUUCGGAAAAGAAUGGGCGAGUUGUAAUACAGCUCUUGAAGAAUCAUCCCAGCUUAAAGAUCCCUUUCUUUCACUAGAGCUAGCUGUUGGCCAACAAACCAGUGAUGGUGAUACAGCUACACAUCAUGCUUGGCAUAGGAUGGUCGAGGCAGUGAAGGUUUUUAUUCUCCACCUACAGCUGAAGUCGUCUAUUCUCACUGGAAAUUUGCUUGAAUAUCCCUUGCUGAAUUCAGUGCCAAGUACAGCUACUGAUUCUGGUAGAACCCAUGCUUCGGAUGUUUCAUCUGCAAGUUUCGGUUCAGAGGUUUCGUUAGGCUCUGGAACCCCUUGCAGAAUUUCAUUUUCAAAUGCUGGUAUCAGGGAUGUCUAUCUAAUACCUGUGGCUAGAGGAAUUUCUGGCAAAUUGCUUCUAGCAGAGAAACAUCCGUUCCGAAGUCAACGAGGAGUUGUACUAGCUAUUGCACCACUUGCUGGGCUUGACCCAAAGAUAGAUGAGGCCCAUCCAACAUGGUUGCAUCUGCGGAUACGAGAGUUUGAUCCAAAAUUUGUUCAGAGCAAAAUCAAAGGCCACCGUUCAGAAAUGUCCAGUCAUUUGGCAGAUGGAAGAUGGAUACUUGGUUUUCCUAGUAAUAAAGCAUGUGAGGCUGCUCAAUUGUUAAUACUUGAGGAAAUUAGGAAGCAGAGAUCAAGUGUGGAAAGCUUGCUUUCUCCACUACUUCGUAAUUAUCAUCUUGAAAAUUUAUCAAAUGGCCAUGAUAAGCAAACCUCUCAUGCACAGGUUUGUUAGCUACCUUACUGACAAUUUAGUUAUUUCGUACCUUUUUUAUUACUUUUUCCGUUACAUUGAUAACAGGGAGUAGAUUUGUCAGAAUCAACUACUAACCAAGGACACUGGCAUUUUCUUUAUGUACAAUAUGUAUUAAUGUAAUAAUCAAAGUUGUCAAGAUCAUAUCGUAUACAUGGACUCAAUAGAAGUAUAUGCAGUUUGUCAUAUGGAAUUCUAUAUGUAACAACUUUCACUAUUUUUUGGUCAGAAAUUCUAAAUUCUAGUUAAUGAAAUAUGAUUUUGUGGACCA